CAUAGAAGAAGUAGUUUGCUAGAUUUGUAAUAUACAUUGGGGGUUCUGUGGACUUGGACUAUGUCAAAUGGAUGACAAGAAUCUCCAUAACCGAAGCUACCGAGAGGUACAAGCCAAAGACGCUUUCCUCCUUAGAAAAGUAGCUGGUCAAUCAAUCAAUCAAUCUUAUGGUUAGUAGUUAUAUUCUUAUAUAUAAGCACUAAGCAGAUGGGUUUGAUCUUAUAAACCCUCAAUACCAUUACCAACAACCAGUACUAGCCUAGACCUUUUGUCACUUUUCUUUUUCGAAAACCCAUGGAUCGUUUUUAUUUCUUGAAUGUUGUAAUGGAGGUUGCGGGUAUUCUAAAUGAGUCCCGCAAACUCUUUCUCAAGAACAAGAAGUUAAUGUUCUCGGUCUUGGCAUUCCCUCUCUUACUCACUUGUUUGGUUUACUUGUUCAACGCUAUUGCCAUCAAACCGGAGAUAACAAACUUGAUCCUUGAAUCAAGUUUGCUACCUAUGACCGAUCCAAGCUCCCCGGAAUUUGCUGCUCAUCUUAUGAGAUACUUUGCAUAUUUUCGCCAGUUUUUUAGUUCUUUAUACAUCUUCAUCGCUGUCUCCUCCAUCAUCAACCUCUUAUCCGUUCUGGUCAUGGUUCACGCAUCGGCUCUUACUCAUAAAGAAGAUAGCUUCAAGCUCAAAGAUUUACCGAUUCUGACCCUUAAAUAUUGGAAGGGACCUCUUGUGACUAGUUUCUACAUUGCUCUCUUCAAUCUUGGCUAUUGGUUCCUAUUCUAUAUAAUCAUUUUUUCUCUCUUUAUAUUCUCUACAAAAUUCGAUACCCUGGCAGCCAAAAUUCGCGCAUUAUGGAUUCUCUUGGCGGUCUUUGAGUCUUACUUGGCUAUCGUGUGGAACUUAUCUAUGGUCAUAUCGAUACUCGAGGAUACUUAUGGGAUCCAAGCUUUGGGGAAAGCUGCAAAGAUAGUUAAAGGGAUGAAGCCAAAACUAUUCAUCUUGAAUCUUUGCUUUGGUUUAUUGUCAUUUGGAUUAUCUCAAAUCUUGCGGCUGAUUGAUUGGAGUGGUUCAUUUCCAGCUAUCUUAGCCACCGGUUUAGUCUUUGUGAGUUCACUCUUUGUGGUGAGGAUGUUUCAGCUUGUGGCUUAUACCGUUACCUAUUUCCAAUGUAACCAAGACGCUGAGUCGCUGAGGGAUGUGGAAUAUACGAAACUGUCUUCCACUACUCUCAUGGGAGAAUUGCCUUGAAAACUUCAAUAGAAAGGCACAUAUGAUAUUAUACAUAGAUUGUUUGUAUGUCUUAUAAGUUUUGCUUUUAUUUUGGUAAAGUUAUAUCAAAUUUUUGGUUCAAUAUAUAUUUUGUUUUGAACUUUGGUUUUGUAUGUAUAAUAUACAGCAAGGUUGCUUCUCUGUGCCAUGUCACAUA